UAUUUUUUAACAAAAAAAUGGCAGAAGAAAAAAUUAAUAAAAUUUCUGAAAAAGAAGAUGAAGAAGAGGAAUAUUUAAUAUUAGAAGAGGAAGAAGAACAACCUCUUCCCCAACCUCUUCCCCAACCUCAAUCCCAACAACAACAAAAAAUUUUACUUCAAAAACUUUUAAGCAAUAAACCGUCAAUUCCAGAUUCUAAAAAAAGAAUUUUAGUCCCUCCACCUCCCUUGCUUUUAAAAAAGUCAAUGAGAGCACAUUCAGAUUUGGAAAAUUUAUUAAAGGCGGGGCAACAAAUUGCUAAAAGAGAUCCUGGAUUUAGACGCUUGAUAACUGGAGCAGGAUCACCAAAAUCUUUAUUAAAACAUCAUUAUUAUUCUCCCCCAGUCUCCGGAUUGGGUUGUUAUUUUAAUCCAAUAAUUGGAGAAGUUUGCAGUACUCCCCUAAAUAUUAUUAGAGAAAGACAUCGACGUAAAAAUCAUUUUUUUGACGGAAUGCCGAAAAGAAAGGACGAAGAAAAUAAUAAAAUUUCUGCUGUUUUUGGCAUUAAUGAAGAAGAAAAAGAAGAAAAAGAAGGAGAAAUUCGUUCACGUUCAGAUACUAUAGAAAGUGGAAAUAGCAGCAUUAAUUUAAAUAAAAGAAAACAAAAAUGUCGAGGGGCGAGUGUUUGUGAAUUAGAAAUUGUUCAAAUAUUAGCUAAUAGUUGUGAAAAUUGUCGGUCUUUAAUGUUUUUACAUAAUGGAAAUAAUAAUAAAGGGGUAAGUUUUUGA